CCAACCCUCGACAGAGCAGAAAACAACCCAGCGUUGCGCCGUUCCACGCUUCUUCGUCCACUCAUUUGCGCUCUUGUCUGGAUUUUCAUUUUCAGCACGGUUCUUUAUUGAGAGAAGGACUACGGCUAUUCUGAUUUCAAACGCUUCCGAGCCUCCAUAGACGAUCGUCACUCGCUCAACGAAAAAAAAAGAAGAAACACCAAAAACCAGCAAAAUGUUCGACAUUGACUGGAAGGGCCUUGCCCUUCCAUUCGCCUACCUCAUUGUUCUCGGCGGCGCCCUCAUGACGUUUUCCACAAUCUAUCGCAGACGGAAGGCUGCUGAAAGCGCAAACCUCGCGCCCUGGUUCGGCCCUCACCUCCAGCGAGACGUUUACCUCUCCCUCUUGCAUCUCGAUCCCGAAGAGGGCGCCGAGAAGGCUCCCAAGGUCCCCGAUGGCGUCCUGCGAGCGGCCCUGCUCCGGCGCGCAGUGGAGGAUAUCGAGCGCCUAAUCCACAUCAAGACUGCCAAGCAAGCGUGCGGAGCGCUUCUACAGAGAGGAAGCGUUGGCGAUGACCUGUGGCAACGAUUCCUGCGCGCAGAGAAGGAAAUGGAGGAGGAAUUGAGAGAUGUCGUCACUGAGGCCAACGCUCUGGCUCCUAACUGGGGCUCCAUCAUCUUCCAGUCUGCGCACGAAAUCGCCGCCAACACCAAGCUCCGCCAGCGCCUAGAGGAGAUUCAAGCUCAGACCGAUGCCGAGAAGGCUUGGUGGGAUAAGAAACGAGGACAGAUCCGCGCAGACUUCAUGAAGGAACUUGAGGAAUCCGAAAAGGGCUCAACGAAGGACGGCCACGAAGACGACGCCGUGGUGGUUGAUUCCCCCAAGCACUGAGAGGCUAAGGGAGAGAGGGAGAGAGGGAGAGCGUAAUCAAGGCGGCUACGGACAGGGAGAGAAGGAGAGGAGAGCAUUUACGGCGCAAACAUGGCGCCAUUGUACAUAUAGACAUUCUAUGAGGGGGGAAAGGGCAGGAUGAUCAAUGGGCGCUGUGUGCAUCGCAACAGAAGUUGCAUGGCACCCACAAGUGCAGCAACCAUGGUGGGUAGAAAAUUCAUGGCGUUUGAAUGGGUAUCACAGAUGAGAGGAUGAGGGAGUGAUUGGAUUUGUAAUGUAUUUUAUUUAGGAAAGUGGCUUUCAAGAACCCAAGUUAGCUAUCCAG